UGUGGACAAAUCAAUAUAGUUUUACCAUUUCAGCUGGAGUGUGGUGGGAGGAUGAAGCAGGGGUGGACAUGGCAUUACAACUCCACAACGCUCCUAAUAUCACCUUUGUUGGUGUCUAUGUCCACUGUGGCAAUACCUAUGGUGCCAGUGAGCCCAAAGAAGUCCUGCAGAUCCAAGAAGACACUUUAGAGCGUUUGCUGAAGUUUGUCGAUCGCCUGAAGCAGCGAGGUGUGACAUGUACCACAGUGGGUACUGGAUCCACACCCUCCUGUAGACAACCAAGUGAUAACAUGAAGAACCUAACAGAGAUACAUCCUGGCAAUUAUACCUUCCUUGAUGUGCAGCAGUGGAGUCUUGGGUCAUGCAGCCAGGAGGACAUCGCCUGCUGUGUUGCCACCCGUGUCAUUGGUCACUACCCACACAGGAAUCAGAUGCUGAUAGACUGUGGGUUCGUAGGUCUCACCAAGCAAGGCUAUGGUCAUAUGGACACAGGCUACGGUGUCUUCCGUGGCCACCCUAACCUUAAGUAAGUCACCCUGGCCUUCUUCU